AUGCCAAGAUGCAAGUGGAUUAAGUUGUGCCAGCCACCGGUUGCGAUCGCCUGCCAAGUCGUCUCCGACAGCGAGUUGUUUCCACUUCUGGCCAUUCUGAGCCUCCGAACGACUCAGCCUAUGCAGGCUAUCGAGACGCAGGCCAACGUCAACAGGGAGAUAAAAGUGGUACAGUUUACCAGGCGCCCUGACGUUCCCCUCGUUGCCAUGCAGCCUUUCCUCCGUGGUACCGAGCUUAAAACCACCACGUUGCUGGCGAUCUACGGAAAAGAGCAGGCACUGGGAUGA